AUGAUGGCGGCUGCCGGCGGCGGCCCCGUGCGGCUGCGGCUGCAGUUCGACCACCCUCCGCCCGCCAGCCCGGGCUGCGCGCUGUGCUGGCUCCUGCUGGAGCCGGGCCAGGCGCGCCUCGUCACCGACCUGCUCAGCCUCAUCCGCCACCGCUUCGGCUUCAGCCGCCGCGCCCGCCUCAGCCUCUUCCUGCAGGGGGCGCUGCUGCCGCCCGCCGAGAGCGCGCGCCUGGUGCGCGACAACGACUCGCUGCGAGUAAAAUUGGACGACAUAGUUUCAGAUGAUUAUGAAGAGACGGAUGAUGGCUUUACUUACACAAGAAAAGAAGACAAAAAAAGGCACAGACACAAGCAGGACGAGGAAGAAUUCUCUAGGAAUGAAGACAGGCAUAAAAGGAAAAAGAAAAAGGACAAGCAUAAUCUAGAGUAUUCCUCUUGUAGGGAAGAGAGCUCUGUAGAUAUUUGGGACUCUCAAAAAAGGUACACAAAAAGAAAAAGAAAGGAAGAAGUUAGUGGAAAAAAUAGACCAGCAGAAGGUAAGGAAGAGAGCUCUACUGCCCAUUCUAAAAAGCUUAAAAAAAAUGAGAGGGAGAAACAGGUGGCAACAAAAAAGAAGGAUGAAAAGCAGACAAAGGCUGCUGCAGCAAAGAUGGCUUUAGAGUGGGGCAGUGAGAACUUUUCUCUAAAUUCUGGUAAAAAUACCACCAAGAAGAUCACAACACAGUCCAGCAAAAAGAGGGUGGAAACUUCAGAUUCUUCCAGCACAUUGUCUGACAGUGACAGCAGUGAGUUAAACAUAAAGCAGAACAAGUCUUCCCAUAAACCCAUAGCGGCGACACCUCCCAAAGACAAAUCCCAAGGUGCUGCAAAUUCUGCUGCAAAAACGAAUAAAGUGACUGUAAAGUCUAACACUGAGAAGACUAAGACUGCAGUUAGUAAAAAUGCUAAAAAACCCCAGUCCUCUAGCUCAGAUUCUGACUCGAGCACAGAGGAUGAGAAGGCGACACCAGCACAAGACAGCACUGCAAAGGAAAAGUCUCUGCCGACCAACACGUUGGCUGUAAAAGCCACUACCACAGCUCCCAAAGCAAAGAGCUCCUCUUCAGAGUCUGAUAGUUCAGACUCAGACACACCUGUUACUAAAAAACCCGCAGCAGAUGCUGGACUGAGCAAUCCCAUAGUAAGAAACUGUGUCAAACAAUUGCCAACCAGUACUCAAGGACCCUCUGCCAGCCCAGGCCGUGGAAGGGGGCGUGGAUCGGGAGAGGAUUAUUUCUGGAGAGGACCUAGGGGCCGUGGGUUUCGUGGGAUGAUGAGGGGCCAAGGUCAUGGGAGAGGAGCAAACCCUGGCUUCUUCUACAACUACAGCAGUGAAGGCCAGAAGCAGAGGCAGUUAAAUGAAUCUGCGACAAACACUUCUGUUGUUGUCCAGAAUCCCGUGGAAGUUCCCAAGAGAGACUACAGUGUGUUACCCCUUCUAGCUGCUCCACCCCAAGUGGGAGAAAAGAUUGCCUUUAAGCGCUUGGAACUAACUGAAAAUUACAGUCCUGAAGUUUCAGACUAUAAGGAGGCCAAAAUAAUCAGUUGGAAUGCUGAUAAAAAGCAGAUCGAGCUUGAGAUUCUUUCAGCACCAGCAGGACCAACUGCUAAGGAGCCGGGGAAAUUUGACCUGGUUUACCAGUCUGCAGAUGGAGCAGAGCUGAUCGAGUACGCUGUCCCUCAGGACACCAAGAUAACUGAAAGCUGGGAUGCCCUGAUAGAGCCAAGACUGAUUGUUGAGCCUCCAGUCAAUGGAUCCAGCGUUGAAAAUGGAACUAUCUAAACUGUGAAAAAAUGUACAUAAUUGUACAGACUUGUUUUGUGAAAUGCUGCCUUCUGGUUCUGAGGAUGGCAGGUGCACUGGUGGAUAUUAUUAAUAAAUUGCUUUAAAAAGAA